AUGCGCAUACAAUUUAGUAAUCGCAUCUCAGUCGAGUCCCGAACGCCGAGAGAGGUGCACGUGUUUUAAGUUUUCAAAAUGGCGGGUAAAUCGAAUGGUACGGACGUCGGUCAUAUGGCCGAAUGGGUCCGCGCACCACCCCCUACGGGGCCAUGGCUUCACAGAGUUGGAAAGGCCAUUUAUAAUCCUGAUGAGAAGAGUUUUUUGGGACGUACGCCGAAACGGUGGGGAAUCGUGAUAACAUUCUACCUGGUGUUCUACGCGGUGCUGGCACUAAUGUUCGCUACCUGCAUGGGGGGUCUACUCCUCAGCCUGAACAAGGACCGCCCUACCUACACACUGGAUCAGUCUCUCAUUGGUUCAAAUCCAGGUGUAACAGCGCGCCCUCUAUCGGUCACGGGUGAAAUAAAAAUCGACCACAGUGAUGCGAACUCUACCAACGAGUACGUUGACCAGCUGAACGAGUUUUUUGCGCCGUACGUGACCGACCCGCUGUACGGGCAUGGGGAGUGUGUGCCCGCAGACAACUUCGGAUACCCGGACACUCCGUGUCUCCUCCUCAAAUUAAACAGGAUAAUCGACUGGGAGCCCCAUUAUUACAACGACGCUGCCAGUCUGCCAGAGGACUUUCCUACGGAGCUGGUUGAUCACAUCAAGAAUCUGACAACUCCAGCAGAACGUUCCCGGGUGUGGGCAUGGUGCUGGGACGAGAACCAACGAGUGGAACUGGAGUACCCGUGGGGACGAGCUCUACCCGCCUUCCAGACCUACAAGGCUGGUGCUACGCAUAGGAACCCUAUAGUUGCUGUCAGGCUCAAACAAGUGUCCAACAGCACGGUGAUCCGCUGCCGUCUCCUCGCCAAGAACAUCAUCUACAACAAGAGCUUGAAAGAACCUUCUGGCUAUGCGCGCGUCAUUAUAAAUGUUGUGAGCGGAACUCCAUCGAACGGUGAAACUAUAGAGUAGGCUUAAAGCUAUAAUUUAUACCAGUCAACGUAUGGUACCUAUAUACUCUACACUUGAUAGGGUCACACUUCCUAUACUAUAUCUGUAAGAUAACCUAAAAGAACAUUGUUUUUUAAUGUUGUUAGCCGGUGGGGUUCUUCCACCGAAUGGUGGAACCACAGAGCAGGCUUAAAACUACGAUUUGCACCAGUCAACAAUUAUCCUCGAACCCUAAAUGGGUACAGCUAUUCAAUUCCUAAUAGAUCUAUAAAAUGCUCAUGGGAGCCUGGGGUCCGCUUGGCAACUAAUCCCAAGAACUGGCGUAGGCUCUAGUUUUUACGAAAGCGACUGCCAUCUGACCUUCCAACCCAGAGGGUAAACUACACCAUUGGGAUUAGUCCGGUUUCCUAACGAUGUUUUCCUUCACCGAAAAGCGACUGGUAAAUAUCGAAUGAUAUUUCGUACAUAAGUUCCGAAAAACUCAUUGGUGCGAGCCGGGGUUUGAACCCGCGACCUCCGGAUUGAAAAUCGCACGCUCUUACCGCUAGACCACCAGCGCUUCUUGUAUACGCGGGUCACUAUAUAAACCUAAGCAGAACCCCGAAUUGGUAAUGACAGAACAAACUUAAAACGACGAUAUACACUCGUCAACAUGUAAACUCCUACUCAAGAUGGGGAUACUUAUACACUACCUAAUAGAUCUAUAAAAGAAUCUCGAAGAGUCGGCGCAGUAAACUGAGUAAACGCAUGUCAAUAUAAACAUAAACGCAAGCUGAACCUUACCAAACGGUGAUACUACAGAGCAGGCUUAUAGCUACGAUUUACACCAGUUAACAUGUAACUUCCUACUCAAGAUGGGGAUACUUAUAUAAGAAUAUAACUAGGACACAAAUGAAAUUAUUUUAAGUAUGAAAUAUUUAGUAGAGGGGAACAUCCGAACAUUUUGACCAAGCUGAAACGGAGACCUUCACUAACGUUCGGUCGAAAAUAGGUAUUAAGUAUAAAAUAAAAAAUAAAAAUAUACAAGGCAAAUUGUCAAUAGGGGGUAUAACUGCAAUGUUCUGCUGCCAGAGUGCAGCACUAAGCUAGCUAGUAAACCAUAGACUGCCAUAGAGUAACUUAUACAUACUGUGCCUUAAACUGUUUUUUGACAAGUUUUCACAGACAAUAAAAUAUGACAUUGAUGCAUCAAGGCGGUUUGUUAACAAGGGCCUACCGUGAAACGCGAAAAUCGAAAUUUAGUUAUCUGCCUCUUUAAUCUCUUUAUCGCUCGAAUAUGUAAGAGUGAUAGACAGGUUAGAUAACGAAAUUUCGAUUUUUUCGUUUCGCGUUAGAUCCCCAGAUUGUGAUGGAUAGUGGUAGUGGCGCCCCCUACGCAGAGUUUUGCGUAAUAUUCCCUAUUAUAUCAGAUACCCACCAUACACCACCAUUUAUUUUAAGGCUGUUGUAUAUUCUGUCUGUUGUUGUUGUAAUUCGAUUUAUUAGCAAACCAACUUUAAUUAUUUCGUUAUGUGAGUUAUGUCACUAGUUUUUCAAAUUAGCAUUUGUUUAUUUAAAUAAAGUGCAAGCUCACAGUAUUACACCUAUUCACUUACAUGCUAGAAAAAUAAAUAAAUGUCAGGAAAAUUACAAAAAAAAAACAUACAAACAGAUAUAUGUCAAAAAAGGUAAUAUUUACAAUUCAGUCAAUGAAUUGCAUUAUUUAAAAUUUUGAAAAUGUCUAGCAGUAUUGCAUAAGUAUGCUAAACUAUAGAUGGUCAAGCAAAUCUUGUCAGUAGAAAAAGGCGCGAAAUUCAAAUUUUCUAUGAAACGAUAUCCCUUAGCGCCUACAUUUUUCAAAUUUGCCGCCUUUUUCUACUGACAAGAUCUGCUUGACCAAGUAUAUUAGCGAACAUGUCGGCAUCUGCGCGACGAAUAGAGCGUGCGUGGCAGGGCUAUAACCGGGAAAAUCGAAGUUACUUUAGCAAAUUGCGGGCAUCUUUCUCUGUCAUUCUAAUUACGCCCUCAUUGGAGUAAAAGAGAAAGAUCCCCGCAAUUUGCUAAUUUCGGUUUUCGCGGUAGGCCCCCAGGAGCGUCCCUUGCGUAGCAUGUGCGAGCGGCAGGCCGCUGCAACAGGCCUGGCCGUGGUAUCCACUACCCCCUUUUUCAUAAAACUUUACGGGCCUGAUUUAGUUAAAUUAUGUUUUAUCCCUUUCUUACAAAUACAUAAGUCAAAAUGACAGAUAAAGACAAACGAUUAUUAGCUAAUUGAGGUUUGUAGCGCGUUUAUGAAUAAGAAAACUAGUGUGUUCGCGCGAACUGUACAUUUUUCUCUCCUGUGGGCAAUAGUUAACAGCUUGUGGGCAUGUAAGUAAUGAUUUUAUCAUAGUUCUCUAAAUAAAAGGAGGACCUUUUCACGUGGAUAAGGGUUAAAUAAGAAAAUUAACCUUUAUAGCCCUUAACUCUUGUGUAUGUCUACAGGAAAGACAUAACACAGUGAUCUGUUUGACCCAAAUCUAAGUAGGUAAGCAUACCAGAGCUUAAUGUUAAAAAUAAUUUCCUUUGGCUUUUGAGUUAUCAACUUUGUGAGUUAAAAGAGAAAUAUAUAGUGUUAUUUCCAGCAAGUUUGUGUAGAUAAUUCUGGAUAAUUCGCUCUUUAAGAAACUAUCAUUAUCGCUGCAGAUAAUCUUAGUGUAAAAUAAUGCACGACAACCUCCUGGUAUUUUUUUUAAACGGGUCACUCACGUAUACGGUACUUUUCUGUAUUUAAAAUAAAUUAUUUUACACCAUGCAUGAAAUAAAGCAACAGAAGAUUAAUAGAGAAACGUAGACAGCAGUUAUUUUUACACAAUUUCUAUUUUAAAACCAGUAUAAAACAGUAAAGAGUAGGUAAUUUGAUUGUGACGUUACAUGCUAGUGUUUUGUUUUAUAUAAAUUCUAUGUAUAGUACCAAAAUCGUUUUGACAGUUCGAAAAUAGUAACUGAUUUGACUAUUAUUAAGUCGAAUAGCUCGGCAUGUUUUGAUCCAAUUUAUAUACAAGGAUCCUCUUCACGGAGCUUUACUGGGAACCGAUUUUUGAAAUUCGACCGCUCGAUUUCAUGUAUUUCGUUCAAUAAUAUCUCCACUACUAGGCAUUUAAAUUCUACUAAUAGAAUUGAAAACGAGUGGUCAAUACCACUAGAUUCCCAAUUUCUAUCGCUUCUAUUUAAAAAAAUUGCAUUUCGUCAUUUUCCACCGAUUUUUGAGUGACGAAAUCGAACGAUCGCAAUUCAAAAAUCGGCCCUUAAUAAUACGUGAGUGAGUGACCUAUUUUAAUAAUUUUAAUAUGUUUGAGUCUCACGGGAGUUUUAUAGUGAAAAUCUCCUUGAAUUUGGAAUUUUGUCCCACUUAGUACCUUGUCACAGUAACAAUCAAUACUUACCAUAAAAUGUGCCUAUAGUUCGUUUUUUUUAGCAUUAGAAAUAAGGUAAACAAUCUUGAUGUGUCUUUUACUUGAAAAGCACAUUUUAAAAAUAAGUCACGGCAAAUAUGUAACAAUUAUGAAUCUAAUACGAUCAUUUAUAUUCUUCUGCUUUCGUAAGUAGUAGUUAUUGAUUAUUAAAAAGCGUUUUUCAAUUAAAAGGCAUGUCAAGAUCGGUUACCUUCUUUCAAGUUCUUUCUAAUGCUAAAAAAAACCGGGCAAGUGCGAGUCGGACUCGCGCACGAAGGGUUCCGUACCAUAAUGCAAAAAAAAACGAAAAAAAAGCAAAAAAAAAAACGGUCACCCAUCCAAGUACUGACCACUCCCGACGUUGCUUAACUUUGGUCAAAAAUCACGUUUGUUGUAUGGGAGCCCCAUUUAAAUCUUUAUUUUAUUCUGUUUUUAGUAUUUGUUGUUAUAGCGGCAACAGAAAUACAUCAUCUGUGAAAAUUUCAACUGUCUAGCUAUCACGGUUCGUGAGAUACAGCCUGGUGACAGACGGACGGACGGACGGACGGACGGACAGCGAAGUCUUAGUAAUAGGGUCCCGUUUUACCCUUUGGGUACGGAACCCUAAAAACUAACUAUACUUUGCGAACUGGGUAUUUGUGCAUUUAUACAGGGUGGCUAAAAACAAGU